AAAGUGAAUCAUUACACGAAGCUCCCAUCGCCGUCGUCGUCAUUCUCGUUGGUCGGUUGGGGCUCUUCACUCCGCUUUUGACCGGUGCUCGGGAUGUUUGCGUUUGGUCAGUGUUCGGGAAUCGCGUAAAAGACGGUGGUGUCUCGUCGUGGUCAGCUGUUUGUUUUUUGUCGAGUGUCCUUUUUUGGCGCGAUUUUUUUUUCUUGGUGUUCUGGAUUUUUUUUUUCGUUUUGUUUACCAACUGGCCGCUGCUGAAAUAUCUCUCUUUUGGGAGUUCAAAGUUGGUGUGUCACGAAGAUUUUACACGGACUGCAAACGACACCCAUAAACACAAUAAAAGCAAGUGAAAAUAGCAAGUGUGUGGUGUAAAUAAAUCAUCGAUAGCCCGGCCGGCCAGUCGAGUCCAGUUGGUUCUUCGGGGGGCAACAAGUGCCUCGUCUUUAUUUGGCGCCACAAGUGGUCACGUGUUCUGCGACGCCUGCCUGCCUCUUCCUCCUCAUGGCAGCAACAUCGUCUGGCUAUGUGGCCAGCAAUAACGUGAACCUUUUUGACAAACUGCUGGACACGCUAGCGUUUUCUCCACCCGCGUUCGAUAUCUUCAACGUGACGUCGUCGACCGUGGCCGUCGUCACCACGGCCAGGCCGACACCCACCCAGAUUAGUCCGGUCGGGUCUAGUGCGGAACCAACGGAGGACUACGUUGUCCUACCAGGGCCAGAGGACGUGCUGCUGUUCAACAGCUCCAAUGGUCUCUACCAGCAGUCGGUGACGCUAACCGCCCGGAUGUAUCCGAUUGAGGCCACGGCGGCAAAGUCAAUCUGGGGCCUACCGACGCUGAUCUGGGGUAUCCUGAUCGGGACCAUCGUGAUACUGAUCGUCAUCCUAGCGACGCUCUUCUUCUGCUGCUGGCUCCAGCCGAGGACGCGGAAACUGCUCAGCGCGAGUUACUACGCCACCACCGGGAGUAACGUGUCCCACAGUUCGAUCGUGCCCAAGUCGCAAACCAGUGAUUCGAACCAGCUAGUGAUGCCCUUGUCCAUCGGGAUAUGUCCACCCCAGUAUAGUGCACCACCUCCCCCUGGCACCAGCACCAACAGCAACAACAGUGGAACCAACCAGAACCAACAACAACAGCAAAUCUGCUCAGCCGGAUCGUCCGGAAUUCCAUGCCACGGUAGCAACGUGAGUCCGGCUGCCGUCCACCACGGUAGCAGCAAGUACGGCAGUUCACCCCAUCAACAACAGUACGCCCAUCAGCAGCAGCAGCAGCAACAGUAUCAUCAACAGCAACAAUAUCAACAUCACCACCAGUGUAUCCACCAUCAACAACAACAACAGCAACAGCAGCAGCAGCAGCAACAGUAUCAAGCGCAUUAUGCUCACCUGCAGCAGCAGCAACAACAUCAACAACAACAGCAAUCCUAUCAACAGUAUUACAACCAACAACAGCAGCAGCAUCAACAACAACAACAACAGCAGCUAACUCAGUACAUACAUCCAACGCAGCAGCAGGCUUUGCAACAACAGCAGCAGCAGCAGCAGCAACAACAGCAAAGAGAACAUCAAAUUCAGCAACAGCAACAUCACUACCAUCACCACCAAAAGCAGCAACAAAAACAGCAGAGCCAAUUGGUGCAUCACAAAUCCAUGUGGGCAAUUAAUCCACUGUACGCGUCCAGCGGGGUGAUAAGCGAUGGCUUGUCCGGCGGCAGUGGUGGCAGCGGCGGCGGAGGCGGAAGUGGACUGGAUGGCCGGGGUGAUGCCGAUGAGGAAGCGGGCAGUACGUCCUACCGGACGCGAUCGCUGCCCUCGUGGGGCAAAAACAAACAGCGACCGCUGUCCAAUGCCGAUGACCUGGAGGAGUUGUACGCCAAGGUAAACUUUAGCAAAAAACGUCGCAACCGGAUGCGGAACGACGAGGCGGCCAUCAUUGCCCUGUGCCGGUCACGGUCGCAAAAUUUGGCCUCGCUCCCGAUGUCCGACCAGGACGCGGUCGUGGUGUACGACGAGCGGACGGCCCUCUAGAGACAGAAUUGAAUUGAAAACGGGAGUAGGUACGACUUUCGGGGACUAAUGUUGACGGGGUGAGGUAUUCUUUUCGGCGUAGAAGGGACGAAGCUACGUUGGUUUUAGCGUAAAGAAAAAAAAAAAAGGUCAAACGAACUCCACGAGUACGACUAGUAACACGUGUGCUUACUAGUUUAGUUACACGUGGCAGACGAAGAUAGCAUGCCUAUUUUGUAUUCAUGAUCACCGAAAUCACGCUAGAAAAUUGAUCGUUGUUAACAUUUUACUGUAAGAAAGCUAAUUUUCCAUCAAAAAUGUUACCUAGCAAAGUAUCUCAACAUUUUUGCUACUGAAAAAAACAAAUCUUCUCCCCCGUUUUCAAUAUCGAAACAUAAUCGUGUUAGUCGUUGCAAAUCGAUCGAUCCUCCCCCCAAAAGUAAAGAACCCCAAAUCAAGAGAACGUGAAUGUUGUUAUUUAUACAUGAAACCAACAUAUUUCGACUAAAGAUAAACAAAAUAACGUUUACAAAGACUGAUAGAUUUCCCCCAAUUGUAAAAAAGUAAUUAACAAAAAACCAAAACUAUCAUAAAGAACGAAGCAGAAAUUAAAACAGUUACUAUUCACAUUUGCAAAAUAAACAGAGAAAAACAGAUAGUCAUACAAAAUAAAACAAAAUCGAAAACCGGAAUCUCAAACCCAGUUUUUUAAGAACACAAACACAGGCUCUAAAUCUCCCUUUAGAAAAAUGCUAAGACAACAACCAUCAUUUCCGUACGAAUAGUGUUAUGAUUAUGCAAUGUAAAUCUUUCAAUGUUUGCAUCUCAUCAUCCGCGAGCGAAACCGCAAAUUCCAGCAGACCCCCCUUUAGUAGUUCGUGAACGUUUUAGCGAAAAGAAACCAAAAGCCAUUUUAGCUUGUAACUUAAUUAGUGAAAUCCCGGCGGGUGCAAACCUAAAAUAAAAUAAAAGAAUUUAGAUAAAUUGGCGACAACACGUGCAUCAAUCGUUGCUUUACGUUUUCUGGUCAUUAUAAGUUAAUUAGAAAUUAUAUUUAAGCGAACCGCCGCGAUUAGCAUAGAAAAAAUCAUACAGUGAAUUUAAACAAACAAACAAAAAACUUUACGUGUUUUAAACCGAUCGAGUUAGCUGCAAGAAAA